UGUCAAAACUCAAAACAGUCAGCUGCUGGGUGAUGUAAUCAUAACGAUCGAAAUACCUGUGCCAAUAGUGGGUUUCCUAUUACCAGUGUUUGGUGUACUUCUUAUUUCGAGGUUAUUCGCGGACCAAAAAAUAAUUGAAACAUUCGCAUGAACGUUUUAUGGGAAUUUUAAACUUAUAAACAUGUUAUCUACAAUACCGAAAACCUUGACAUCAUCAGCACGAGCGGCUCGUAAUCAACUUUUUCAGACUUUGAAAAUUUUAACUAUAGCCGAUGAUCAGCAGAGGAGAAAUAUCACUGGAGAUAUUAUAUCUCCCGGUCAAGUACUGGGAAUCGACCACCUCCGAGAUCCUCGGUUAAACAAGGGUUUGGGAUUCACAUUAGAGGAACGUCAAGCACUAGGUAUACAUGGUCUUCAACCUGCUCGUUUUAAAACUCAAGAAGAACAACUAGAACUUUGUAGGAUAUCUAUUGAACGUUAUCAAGAAGAUUUGAACAAAUAUAUCUAUUUGACGGAAUUGCAAGACAGGAACGAAAAGUUGUUUUUCAGACUUUUAUCUGAAAACAUAGAGUCGCUUAUGCCUAUAGUUUACACACCAACGGUAGGUCUGGCUUGUCAAAAGUUUGGAUUGAUAUAUAGACGACCAAGAGGAUUGUUUAUUACUAUCAACGACAUAGGACACGUGUUCGACGUUCUUAAAAAUUGGCCCGAACCUAACGUUAAAGCUAUUGUCGUGACUGACGGUGAAAGAAUUUUGGGUUUGGGUGAUUUGGGUGCAUGCGGGAUGGGUAUUCCCGUCGGAAAGCUUGCCUUAUAUACUGCAUUAGCCGGUAUUAAACCUCAUGAAUGUCUACCAAUAGUUUUAGAUGUCGGUACCAACAACCAGAAUCUUCUAGAAGAUCCUCUCUACGUUGGUCUAAGACAAAAACGUACAACUGGAAAAUUGUACGACGAUUUCGUGGACGAAUUCAUGGAAGCCGUUGUACAACGCUACGGUCAAAAUACCCUUAUUCAAUUUGAGGAUUUCGGUAAUCACAACGCUUUCCGUUUCCUUAAUGCUUACCGAGAACAAUAUUGCACUUUUAACGAUGAUAUACAAGGAACCGCCAGCGUAGCCGUAUCCGGAUUAUUAGCUUCCAAGAGAUUAACUAACAAGAAACUCAGCGAUAAUAAAUUUUUGUUUCUUGGAGCCGGAGAAGCUGCAAUAGGUAUAGCAGAUUUGACGGUGAAAGCUUUGGAAAAUGAAGGAUUGAGUACCGAAGAAGCUAGAGGCAGAAUAUGGAUGGUCGAUAUCGAUGGACUAUUAGCAUUGGAUAGGCCUGAGGGCAAUUUGGAUGGACACAAAAAGUUGUAUGCUAAAAAACAUGAACCCAUCAAAGACUUUGCUGCGAUUGUAAACGAAAUCAAACCGUCAAUAUUAAUAGGCGCCUCCGCUGUUUCUGGAGCAUUUACACCCGAAAUUUUAAAAAACCUGUCGACUUUUAACGAAAGACCAAUUAUUUUUGCUCUCAGUAAUCCUACUAGCAAAGCGGAAUGUACAGCUGAACAAGCAUAUACUCAUACAGAGGGACGUGCAAUAUUUGCCAGCGGUUCUCCUUUCGGAAAAGUCCACUUUGGCGAUAAACUAUUUCAACCAGGACAAGGAAACAACGCAUACAUUUUCCCCGGUGUAGCUUUAGGAGUACUGUUGGCAGGUAUCCACCAUAUCAAUGAACAGAUUUUCUUAAUAGCAUCUGAAACUGUCGCAUCGAAUGUAUCUGAUGAGGAUCUGAAGAGAGGCAGUUUGUAUCCACCGCUCAGUUCAAUUAAAGAGUGUUCAAUGCAAAUUGCUUGCCAGAUUUUGGAGUACGCUUAUAAAGAACGUAUAGCAUCAGUAUAUCCAAAACCGAAAGACAUGAGAAAGUAUGUGGAGUCUCACCAAUAUAAUCAUAACUACGAACCAUCUUUGCCACAAACGUGGCCAUGGCCUAAUCCUCCUUACAUCAAAACAAGACCAUUAGAACCCACGAAGCUAAAAGCAUAGUCUACAUUUUAGAAAAUUUUUUUUAGAUUUUAAGUUAAUUUUUUCUUUUUUUUUAUGUAUAAAUUAUUGUUUUACAUUAUAAGGGUUUAUUUAUUUAUUUGUUGUACAUAUAUGGAUAUACACAGCAGGUUUAUACCAGGUGUUGAUCAUAAAAUGUCCCAAAUUUAAUUAAAUAUUGACAAUUCCGAUCUAUAAGAAAAUUUUACGAUUCAAUUGAAAAAUGCACAUAAAAAGGAUGCGAACGAAUAGGAGAAAUUUAAUAAAAUGAAAUAAAUAAUUUAAUAAUAAUAAUUCAAAUAUAAACUAGAUAUUGAAAAUAAGUAUAAAAAGUGAGAAAAUACAAAGUUUUACUAUUAAAUUUAUCUUGGAUAUACAGGGAUGGUUCGGAAAGUUUUGAGUAUAAAAUACUAUUAUCUUAUAUUGAUUGUGUUUUAUCGCUUCCGAUAGUUUUAGAAGUAGAACCAGUGCAUAAAAAAAUGCUAAGUCUAGUUUCACAGUUGCUAUCAAAAGUCACAUGUACAUGAUGAGGUAAUAAAAUCAAUGUAUUAAGCUGAAAUAUUUUUACAACUUUACGAUACGUUGCGGAUAUUAAGUCUUACUCCUCUAGGAAGAAUCUUCGUUAUUUUAAACAAACAUCUACAACAACACCUACAACCAAUUUUCAUUUUAAUCGAGAGGUUUUAUAAAAAAAAAACAAAAAAUUGUUACCUCUUUUUACCCCCUACCUAGACAGCUACCAUCUCAGUAUUUUUCAAUAGUAAAGGGGGUCGUGCGGUAAUUUGUUGAAAUUCAUUAUAAUAUUGUUUCUCUAUGCUUAAACAAUAAAGAAUAUGGCAUUUUAUCUGACCCUCAUAGUCUAUUCAAGAUAAUUGUUCAAUAUAUGGCAUCAAUAGUUAUCUCUGGCCUCCCCAUUUAUGAAUUAUAAUUGCUACUAAAAUUUUUAUAAAAACGUAUCUGAAUGAAGCUUUGUCCGUAUCUCUAAGUCUUACCUCGUGAUCCAAAAUCGCCACCCUCUACGGAAAAAAACUGUGGUCGAAUUUUAGAAACAAGGAAAUGUUCAAAAUAACCUAAUCAUCAAUAUCCAAUUGCCACGGACUUAUUAAAGUUAUUCGAAAAUGAUUGUUAUUUCAACAUGAGGAUUCUCAACAAAAAAAUAAUAUUGUACACCCGAACGUCCCAUCUGCAAAGAGACCAAUUCCUCGUGGUGAAGGCACUUCACCACCAAUUAAUAAGAAGGUGGCAAAUAAAAAUAUUUCUGGUCUACAAUCUCAAUCUUUCUAACGAUACAUCUUCAUACACUUGUCUAGAUCUUCCAGUCCAUCUAAAGAAUCUCAUUUACUUAACAAGGUGACUUAAAUGUUAGAGACUUAAGACUUUCAAAAUAUAGAGAUUAAAAUAGUUGAUAAAAGUACUAGAGUUUCGUAUUAUCGUACGAAGCAAGACGAUUUAACGAAUUACUUUUCCAAAGAUGAUUUGGUACAUUGUAAUGAUGCCGCAGGGCUUCUUCAAGAACUGAGUUUACCAGAAGAUUCCAGUGAAUUGAGACUUUAUUGAUGCUUCAAAAAUAAGCUCAAAAUGCGUUCUACUCCAUAAUGGUAAUAAAUACCCAUCUGCGCCCGUUGCACAUGCUACGAACAUGAAGGAAAAUUAUGCAAACCUAGAGGAAAUACUCGAAAAAGUUUGAUAUACUAUUACAAGGAGGAUACACAAUGUUUUCUUUAUGAGUGUGACAGUAGCACAAGAAAAAAACAUUACAAAAUAAAAACUUACCAACUAAGAAUAAGUUUAACUCCCGGGCUUAAAAAUGUAUCUCAGAAAUCUUUGGUGCCAAGUGAGUAAAUUUUUCUGCUACCACCCCACAUAAAGUUAAGACUCAUGAAGAACUUUAUGAAAGGUAUGAAUAAAGGCGGUGUAGGUGUUCAAUAUUUAAAAACAAAAUGUCAUGGCGCAAAACUGAUGGAAGGAAGUCGAAGCUUUUGAUUCGAAGUGGAGCAAAGCAGAAAAAAGAGCUUGGGUGGCUUUUGUGAAAGUUUGUUAUAGUUUUCUUGGGAAUACAAAAGCUGAGGACUACCGACAAAUCAUUCGGGAGCUUUUUUCUGCUUAUAAAGCUUUAGGUUGCAAUAUGUCACUCAAGAUUCAUUUUUUGGACUCCCAUUUAAAUUUCUUUCCUGAAAAUCUUGGAACCGUAUCAGAUGAACAUGAUGAAAGGUUUCAUCAAGAUAUAAUGCAGAUUGAAAAACGCUUCAGUGGGAAAUGGUCAGCAGCUUUCUGAUUUUUGUUGGAAAAUUCGUCGAGAAACUCCAAUAGAAACAAUGAAAAGUAAUAAAACCAUAAAAUAUUUAUUCUUAUUGUGACUAUAAUUUAGGAUUUUUCACUGUAUAACUUAGACCGUAAUAUUUUUUUUUUAAUUGAAAAUUUAAUAAUAUUUGUUAAUUAAAUAAAUAUAUUGUAAAUCUACGUGUGGUGCUUAAUUGUAUAUCAAAUUUAGCGUUUAAAGAACAAAAUAUGACGAAUAAAAACAAAAAGGAGAAAAAAUAAUUUCUUUUUUGCAACCAGUGUAAUUUGAAAGCGAAAGUUUUUUAUUUGAAUAACAGUUGGUAAACACAUUGUCUUGUAAAAGAAUUUAUUUUAGUAUUUCCUAAAAGUAAACAUAUUGUUUCAAAGUCAUAAAACCAGGUAUAAUUUUAAAUAUAGAAUAAAACAGACAGACCCAGGAUAUUAAAUUAUUGUAAGUAUAUAGUUAGUUCUCUCUGAUCCCUAACAUUGUAAAGACAAAGUUCCAAAACUCUAGUUCAAAUAAAAGACAAAGUACUAUCAUCUUUAAUUAUUUUCACAAG